CAAAAACGUGACAAAGUGGGAAAAGAGUGGGGCCACUUCAGACAUUCUCUUCUCUUUAUGGUCGCUCGCAACCUUCAGUCCUGCUUCUUCUCGAUCGAGACUCGGACGUGCUGUAAUAAUCGAUCAACGAAUAUCAUCGCUGAUCUCCCAAUCGCUGGAAUUUCGAGAAAGUGCCCAACCAUGUCGUUCUUCACGGCGAUGCUGUCGCUGUCGCUGGCAAUCGGCAUGAUUUCAGCGCAAUGUCUGACGGGGAACGACGUUCCUACGAUGAUGGACCCGAUGUCCAAGAUAUCGCUGACAAACGCCCGUAUCGACUUCGCGCUGGACAGUCUGAAGAAAGCAGCGCUGAUAGAGUCGAAGGAUAAUAUCUUCUUCAGCCCGCACAGCAUCCAUCAGGCUCUGAGCUUAGCGUACUUCGGGGCCCGUGGCACAACCGAGAGCUCCCUUAAACAGGCUCUUCGUAUUCCCGAACAGCUGUCAAAAGUCGACAUGCAACGUUUUUACGCUUACGAAAAAUUCCUCAAUCAGCCACGUUCCCAGAACGAAUCCACGGAUUAUGAGUAUAAAGUCGCCAACAAAUUUUGGAUCACAAAUUCUAGGAAGCUACGCGAUUGCAUGUUCGAUUUCUUCGGUGAUCAAAUGCAAGUGACCGAUUUCCGUACAAAUCCCGCCGAGGUGAGGACUCGCAUCAACGAUUGGGUCAGCAAUAUGACAAAAGGUCAUAUUCGUGAUCUCUUGCCACCCAAUAGCAUCAGCGGGGAUACGGAUCUGGUUCUGGCAAAUGCGGCGUAUUUUAAAGGCCUAUGGGCUCAGCGCUUCGAUCCUAAGAAUUCCAAGCGCGAUAUCUUCUACGUUUCCGGCACACAAAACUCUGUUAUCACCUUUAUGCGUCAGAAAGGAAACUUUAAUCAUGUCGUCUCGGAGGAAUUAGGCGUGUACAUUUUGGAGCUACCUUACAAGGGUAACGACAUAUCGAUGUUCGUAUUAUUGCCCCCGUUCUCCAACGCGCGAGCCCUUUCUCAGGACUCGGAGCCGCAGGAUGGCAUUCGUCAGCUGGUGGAGCGAUUGGCUACCGAGAAGGGUUCCCGAGAGCUCCGUCAGCUUCUCGAUGAUGGGAUGCCACCGCGGGAAGUCGAAGUAAACCUGCCACGCUUCGAACUCGAACGAGAGCUGCAGCUAAAUCAACUGUUGUACGCUCUGGGCGCUGGAGAACUGCUGUCACCCGGAGCAGCAGAUUUGCGCGGCUUUGUCGCCGAUGGCGAGUCGAGCCUACAUCUUGGCGAUGCCAUUCAUCGAGCGCGCAUUGAAGUCACUGAGGAAGGAACCACUGCGGCCGCGGCCACCGCGAUCUUCACCUUCCGCUCCAGCCGACCCACCGAGCCCGCUAUCUUCAACGCCAAUCAUCCAUUCGUCUACCUGAUCUACGACAAGCGUGAUCAUAUUGUCCUCUUCGCCGGGAUUUUCCGUUCUCCAGCGAACUCGCUUGCUUCCGGUGCCGUUUAAACGGGAAGAUUCCCGUCAUCGAAAGAUAGACAAAGUUCAAAGGACGACUCGGCAGAGAAUCGUUGCGUCAAAUCUUUUUUCUCGUAGUCGAUUGACUCAACUCUGGACAGAGUACUCGUUUGAUUAUGUGUGUUGAUAUUGUUAAGUGCUUUCUUUUAAUGACCAGAGUCCCGAUUCUUGAAUGCAUUCGUAAAAUAUACGCAAAUUCCAUUUUUGUGAGAAAUUUAUAAGUUAAUUGGCUAGAAACCAUGUGCCAAGUUAAUCAACUUACAACUUGCAUGUAAGAGCAGAAUUUAUGGAUAUAUUUCUCUUGCAAAUGAAUUCAAGAAUCGAAUCUCAGAGAUCGUUCGAAUACUUUGAAUGUUUCUGUUGGCUUUUGAAUCUGCGAUCUUUCGAGAAACAAAGAUCUUCUUCCGAUCUUUUCCCGAGAGGAGUCUGUUGCAUGAAUCUCAUUAAUUUAUUCUCGUAUUUAGAUUUUAUGUUCUACGACAUCUUAUUGUGUUAUAGGUAGGCGAAAACACGAGUGUAUAUAAUAAAAAUCAACGUUAAUACAAUCUUUCAAUAUUGAA